GCUCUAUGUAAGAUGGCAAGGUAGAUAAGACGUGAUGCGUGUGAGUUGCCCUCAAAGGAGGGCAUGUCCAUGAGUUAAAAUAACUAACAAUAAAUGUUUUGUUAAGCGUGAGGAGGUUCGCUGAGAGCAGUAUGUCAUUUAUUUGGAGAGGAGAACAAAAGAUGUAGAGAAGCUACUGUAUGUCCAAGUCUUUAAUCACCUGGUUACAUUAAGAACGAGGCUGUCAACUUGAUCAGUUUUCAUGAGAACUAGUUUUAUUUUUGUAUUCACUAGCUCGAGCUGCCAAAGUAUAGGAAAAUUUUGUGUGUGUAAAACAAGAUGGACACGAUGGAGAGUCCUGCGACCCAACGACGAAAAGCAAAACUGAUGUUCGGCUUAAAAGGCAAGAAGAAGAAAAAGGUCCAGUCAGACUUGGUCCUUGAAAACAAGGCGGCUCUGGACAGUGAAGGGGAAGUCUGCUGUGAGGCAUCGCAGAUGCUUGAAGGAAAUAGUGACGAGGAUCAACAUGGAUUCUCUGCAAUCAGAACCAGAAUCCUCCCAAAUACUAAAAGGUCCAAACUUAACACACGCAUGCAAGAUAGUGAAGGGAAACCACAGAGCUUCCAGGUUGCUAUAAACAUCACAGAGGCCAAACAACUAGUGGGGGAGAACAUCGACCCCAGUGUGGUGAUUGAAAUUGGCGAUGAGAAAAAACAGACGACAGUCAAAGAGGGAACCAACGCUCCUUUUUACAAUGAGUAUUUUGUGUUUGACUUCUUUGCCCACAAAGAGAUCUUCUUCGACAAAGUCAUCAAGCUGACGGUGAUGCAUUCCAAGAUGCUGAGGAGCAUCUGUAUUGGCACCUUUAAGUUGGAUGUCUGGACAGUCUACAAACAGCCAGGUCACCAAUUUAUUAACAAGUGGGCAAUGUUGUCAGUCCCGGGAGACAUUAGCACAGGCUGCAAAGGUUAUGUCAAGUGUGACAUUAGUGUCUCGGCAAAGGGUGAUGCUAUACAGCCCAGUCUUAAAGCCAGUGACGCUGAAGAGCAGAUAGAAAAGAACCUACUAAUCCCAGAAGGAUUCCCAUCUGAACGUCCCUGGGCACGUUUCUCAGUUAGGGUCUAUCGAGCGGAAGGUCUUCCCCGCAACAACUCCAGCAUCAUGGCCAAUGUGACCAAAGCCUUCAUCGGAGACAACACAGCGCUUAUAGACCCUUUUGUGGUUGUUAGCUUCUUCAAACAAAUGGGUCGCACUUCCACACAGAGGUCCAAUGCAGAUCCAGUAUGGAAUGAACAGAUCGUAUUCACCGAGAUGUUUCCUCCUCUGUGCCAAAGGAUGAAGAUUCAGGUUUGGGAUGAAGGAAGUAUGAGUGACGUUGCCAUAGGAACCCAUUACUUUGACUUGAGGCGCAUUUCCAAUGAACAGGAUGGCGACAGAGGCUUUUUACCUACUUUUGGUCCCGCCUGGAUAAAUUUGUAUGGCUCUGUCAGAAACUCUUUGGGUGAUGACACAGCUGAGCUGAACGAGGGCAUUGGAGAGGGAGUCUCUUACCGGGGGCGUGUCUUUGUGGAGCUGGUGGUGGAGAUCCUGUCAGGUGGUACGGGCCCAGUGUCCAAAAUUGCCCAAAUGGUGAAGACUGCAAAGGAUGCUAAAGUGGCAAAGGCUGGAGGGAAAGACACCAAGGCCCCAGCAGCUGGAGGCGUAGGAGGCGGCUCAUCUGGAAGUACAGGUGAUGACGACAAAGGGAAAGCAGGGGCAGAGGUUCUACCAGUGGAACCUCCUCCUACACUGGAUACUGAAAACACAGAGGACUUCAUCCUCUUUGGAGCCUUAUUUGAAGCCACAUUGAUUGACAGAAAGAUUGGAGACAAGCCUAUCACUUUUGAGUUCUCGCUGGGUAACUGCGGUAAUGUGCAAGAGCCUGCUGGUCAACCUAGCAUGAGUGCUCCAAGUCCAGCACCCAGCCGCAGGAGACAAGCGCAGGACUUUUCUGACAGGUCCUCCCCUUCCUCUCCACUGUUACCCAGAGAGCGUCAAGACCCCAGCAGGACUUCUAAAUCCACCACUGCUCCCCAAAAACCAAUUCCCGUUGCAGGAAACAGGUACUACAUGUAUUUGCCUCUGGAAAAACAGAAGCCAUGCAUCAAUGUGUUGAGUCAAUGGGAGGACAGAACCUACAGGCUGUACAACUCUAACAUGCUGGAGAAUAUAGUAGUCUUGUUUGAGGAAGGAGUGACCAGGGCAACUGAACUCCAUAGGAAGUCUUUUCCAGGGGCUGAGGAGACACUAAAAACAACAGUCAAAGAAUUUUGCAUGGAUGCCAGGCGUUUUAUAGCAGUAGCUGAAGCGAAGUUGAAGGCUCAGUUAAAGACUAACCACCUGACGCAGCUGGACAGAAAACGCCUCUCGAUGUGCAAACAGGAACUGGAAAGUAUGAUUGGAGAUGCUCAGUCUCUGGUGACGAGGAAGAGGAAGUCAGGCGGCGUGAAAGAAGAGCUCCAAGAUGCAACAAAACUCACACAGAAACUACGCUUUUUAGUGGAGGAGCCACAACAUACGGUGCCUGAUAUCUUUGUGUGGAUGUUGAGCAACAACAAACGCAUCGCAUACGCUCGACUCCCAGCCAGAGAUGUCAUCUUCUGCAGCAGCCCGGAGGCCCGUGGAGUCCACUGUGGAAAGAUUGUGACGCUCUUUCUCAAGCCGCCAGGGAAGCGUGUGACAGGCUUUUCAGUGCAGGCCAAAGUGGAUGUAUAUUUGUGGUUUGGAUCUUGCGCUGACUCUGAUCACAUGUUGGAUGACCUGCCUGUGGGCUUCAACGCUGCCACAGGGGGAUCACAUGCUAACAACCCCCCCACUCAGCUGAAGUGUGCAGAACAGCAUCAGUUCCAUUUAAGGUGUCACCUGUAUCAAGCUCGCGGGCUGAUUGCUGCGGACAACUCGGGCCUGUCUGAUCCUUUCGCUCGGGUCACAUAUUUGUCGCACAGCCAGACCACCAAUGUGAUCAGUCAGACUCUAAGCCCCACAUGGAAUCAGUGCUUACAAAUGAAUCCCAUUCUGCUGAGUGGAGAUCUUCAACAAAUUCAGGAGGAACCGCCAAGACUCGUCAUUGAAGUAUACGAUGACGACGCGCUGGGCAAGGCGGAGUAUUUAGGGGCCACAGUAGCAUCGCCUGAAGUUCGCCUGCUCUCUGAGCCCUACGUGCCUCCUAUGCUGCAGUACAGCCCACUACACCACACCAGCCAAUCAGGAGGAGAGCUUCUGGCCGCCUUUGAGCUGGUGCAGAUUCCCAUAUCUGGCGAGCUGAGUCUGCCUCCCUUAAAAGAACAGGAUGGAGGCAUCUACACAGUACCUGACAACAUUAGACCUGUUCUCAGUACAUACAGACUCGAGGUGUUAUUCUGGGGUCUACGAGAACUUAAGAAGGUUCAGUUACUGUCUGUGGACCGCCCACAGGUAUUCAUUGAAUGUGCUGGAAAAACGUUGCGUUCUUCCGUCAUUCAGCGGUACAAAUCCAACCCCAACUUCACCACGCUGGUUGACACUAUAGAGCUGGAGUUACCGGAGAACGAGCACCUCCACCCUCCACUCAGCAUCACCGUUGUCGACUGGAGGGCUUUUGGUCGCAGCACACUCGUUGGAAACCACGUUAUCAACAACCUGAUGACCUUCAAAUACAUUGCCCCCCCGGCCCUGCCUGCCCAUGCACCACCAGCAGUCAUAUCCAUGCCGGGACCACAAGGAGUUGAUGAGAUAAGCUCUAAUGUGACAUCAACACCUCCCGAUGUUCUCAUCACUGUUGAAGAAUCGACUCUCGAAAAGAAAACGCCAAGAAGUAAUAAGGAGAGCCAUAAAAAGAGCACCCGACGUUCCACCAAGCGAAGGAGGCGGACAAUCGCGGAUGAGUCAGCAGAGUGCGUCAUUGACUGGUGGUCCAAAUAUUACGCCUCUGUGGAGAAACAGACCAAACAAACAGAAGGCUCUCCGUUCCCUCAAGUUUUUGAAAAAGCUUUGCCGUACCACUGCUUGCUCAGCGAUGGAAUAGACUCUUUAGUGAGCAGCUCAUUGGAUGGCAACAAGAAAAAGAAACAGAAGGGUAAAGGAAUGCAAGAGCAGAACCUGAACCUGAGUCUGCCCUCCAAACUGGCCACCCUGCAGCUAUACAACAAGGAGCUGGAAGCAGAAUUCGGACCCUUUGAUGACUGGGUUAAGACAUACGAGCUGUUCCGCGGAAAGUCCAACGAGGAAGAGGGAUCAACAGAGGAGAGGUUUGUCGGCAAGUUUAAGGGGAGCUUUUGCUUGUAUAAACUCACUGAAGAUGAGGAAGGGGCAUGGGAGGAAGAUGAUGGACACCUCAGAGUCAACAGGGGAAUCCCACAGAACACACCAGUUCAAGUCCUCAUACGGGUUUACAUUGUGUCUGCAUCAAACCUGCACCCGGCCGACCCAGAUGGAAAAGCAGAUCCUUAUGUUGUCGUUCAACUCGGCAAGAACGAAAUCAAAGACCGUGACAACUACAUCCCAAAACAGUUGAACCCUGUCUUUGGAAGGUCAUUUGAGAUACAGGCAACAUUUCCUCAAGAGUCUCUGCUGUCGGUGCUGAUCUAUGACUACGACAUGGUGGGAGGGGACGACCUAAUAGGGGAGACCCGGAUUGAUUUGGAGGACCGCUUCUACAGCCGACACCGAGCCACCUGCGGACUCCCGACUGAGUACAGUCUUGAAGGUUAUAAUGCCUGGAGAGACUGUCUGAAGCCAUCUGAGCUACUGACAAAGCUUUGCAGAGAAAACAACUUGGACGGUCCUCACUUCAGACCAGGACGAAUCACAGUGGCCGACAAAGUCUUCACCGGGAAGACGCUUUUCACGCAUGAAGACGAGGAACCGAUGGAGUCCUAUGAGCACUUGUCUCUAAAGAUUCUGCAUCGUUGGUCUGAGAUCCCCAGCAUCGGGUGCAAGCUGGUACCGGAGCACAUUGAGACCAGGACGCUUUUUCACAAGGCUCGAGCCGGGAUGGAUCAGGGCCAGGUCCAGAUGUGGGUGGAUAUGUUCCCCAUGGACCUGCCUCAUCCUGGACCCGCAGUAGACAUUUCCCCUCGCAAACCCAAAGGGUAUGAACUUCGAGUCAUCAUUUGGAACACGGAAGACGUGGUUCUAGAAGACAGCAACUUCCUGACUGGUCAAAAGUCCAGUGAUAUUUAUAUCAAAGGCUGGCUGAAAGGUUUGGAGGAUGACCGCCAGGAGACCGACGUCCACUACAACUCUCUGACGGGGGAAGGAAACUUCAACUGGCGCUUUGUUUUCCCCUUCCACUACUUGCCCGCGGAGAAGGUAAUGGUGGUGAAGAAGCGAGACAGCAUUUUUUCCCUAGAUAAAACUGAACAGAAGCUGCCCGCUAUCCUCAGUCUUCAAGUGUGGGACUUCGAGACGCUGUCCUCCGACGACUUCCUAGGCACAGUGGAGUUGGACCUCCACGGUUUCCCACGUGGCGCGAAGACUGCCAAAUCGUGCAAAGUAGACAUCUUCACGGAUGGGACGGAGCGGAUCUCGAUCUUCCAGCAGAAGAGAUCCAGAGGCUGGUGGCCUUUCAGCAAGUCUGGAGAACUGACGGGAAAAGUGGAGGCAGAGUUCCACCUUGUGACAGCUGAAGAGGCUGAGAAGAACUCAGUGGGCCGAGCUCGAAAGGAACCAGAACCACUGCCCAAACCCAACCGACCUGACACCUCCUUUUCGUGGUUUGUCAACCCCUUCAAAUGUUUCUUCCACCUGGUUUGGCGGAACUACAAGAAGUACAUCAUCAUUGCUAUGGUGUUACUUGUCACAGCACUCUUCCUGGUGCUGUUGCUCUACACUUUGCCGGGCGCCAUCUCGCAAAAGUUGGUCAAUGGAUAGAUAGUAGGUGCAUGCAAACCUAUGAUUUUUUUUAUAAGUGCAGUUCACACGG